AUGACGGAUACGAAGAUACCUCAACUACAAAACAGAAACAGUCUAGCAGAAAUUCGAAGUGCUCAACUGGUGAUGCAGCACAAGUUGGCUGAAAAGAGAUCCCCUGACUUUAAUCACGAUGUCAAUUACGCAAGAACACCUUUGCGUUAUAGCUUCUAUGAAUGGCGUGGCGGCAUUGGAGCAACGGCAGCAGCCCGCGACAUCGACAGCAAAUUGGGCGAGGGCACAACUACCAUCAGGACUGUCAAGCGCUGA